AUGGGUCUCCUGGCGCAGUUGGGUCUCCUGCUGUGGAAGAACUUUCUCCUCAGACGAAGACAAAAGGUGCGUCUACUCAUCGAGCUCAUCUGGCCCCUCUUCCUCUUCUUCAUCCUGGUGUGGGUGCGCUCGACCAACCCGCCCAUCUACCAGGGACAAUGCCAUUACCCUAACAAAGCCAUGCCGUCGGCGGGCGUGUUGCCAUGGCUACAGGGCAUGAUGUGCAACAUGGAGAACCCCUGUGUGAACCAUCCCACUCCGGGAGAAACACCCGGCCAGGUCAACAACUUCAAUUCAUCGCUGAUCAGCGGGGUGCUGCAGGAGCUCCCCUCAUUCAUAAUGGAUGCGUCCGUCCUUAACAAAUACCAGCAGCUCUCAGAGGACAUGCAGCAGUGGCUGCGGUUCGCGCGCAGUCCCAGCCCUAUUCACGGUCAAUCCGUUCCUCCGAGGAGCCUUUCGAAGGACAACGAGUCGUUCGCCACCUACCUGACGAGAAAUCUCUCGGUUCCAGAUGCUGCUGCAGAGAGAAUGUCCACAGGGGUCCGUUUCAGCCAGCUCUCCCGGCUCCUGCGCUCUCCGCUGGGGGACGCGGCUGCUGCGCCGGACCUGAGGAGCGAUGCUCUCGGCAGCCUGAGCCUGCUGCUCUGCGGGACAAAUGCAGAAACUAACUCCUCGGGAACGUCUCGACCUGCUUCUGCCCUUCACGCCAACGGAACAAAGAGCAGCAUGAGCCCGAUGCACCUUGGAGACGGAAACGGAAAUUCAACUGCCUUCUGCCAGGUCCUUAAUGCUUCCCUGCAGAAUGUUCCCGCACUCCGCUAUGUGUGGAAGACAUUUCGCCCCCUGCUGCAGGGGAAGGUGGUCUACACACCAGACACUCCAGCAACACGGAUAAUCAUAAAGGAGGCGAACGCCACGUUCCAGGCGUUGGGUUUGUUCAACGAGCUGCUGGACAUGUGGGAAAGACAGAGUCCAAAGCUGUGGGAUUUCCUGCAGGACAGCCACCACAUGGACUCCUUACGGGCGCUGCUGGGAAACCCCGUGUUUGCCGCCGCCCUGAACCAGCAGCUGAGCGGAACAAAGUGGACGGCGGAGACACUGGCCCACUUCCUGUACAAUGGCCCUCCUGAGGAGCGCCCCCCCGGCAUGCCGAACUACGACUGGCGGGACGCCCUCAACGACACCGAUCAAGUGCUGCGGAUGCUGGCACAGUUUGUGACGUGCCUUGACCUGGACAAGUUUGAACCUGUGCCCAGCGAAGGCCACCUGGUGGAGAGAUCCAGGAAACUCAUCGAGGAGAACAGGUUUUGGGCAGGAAUUGUUUUCCUGGACAUUGACCCUCAAGCAAGCCUCCCUCCUCCUUUCAUAAAAUACAAAAUAAGAAUGGACAUUGAGGAAGUUGAGAGGUCCAAUAAAAUUAAGGACAGGCUGUGGUCCCCUGGAGCCCGAGACCACCCCUUCAAUGAACUGCGAUACGUGCUCGGGGGCUUCGUCUACCUGCAGGACAUGCUGGAUGGCGGCAUCAUCCGCGCGCACACGUCCAAGGAGCAGCCCCUCGGCAUCUUUGUCCAGCAGAUGCCGUAUCCGUGCUACGUGAAUGAUGCCUUCACCCCCAGCAUCGGGGGCAUCCUGCCUAUGUUCCUCGUGCUGGCCUUCAUGUACUCGGUGUCCGCCAUCAUCAAGGGCCUCGUGCUGGAGAAGGAGCUGCAGCUCAAAGAGGUGCUGCGGGCGGUGGGUGUGCGCAGCGGCACCCUCUGGUGCUCCCAGUUCAUCGAGAACGUGGUGCUGCUCGCCGUGCCGUGCGCGCUCAUUAGCGUCAUGGUGAAGUACGGGAAGGUCCUGCAGUACAGCGACCCUUCGGUCAUCUUCGUCUUCCUGCUGACCUUCUGCGUUUCCACCAUCAUGGAGUGCUUCUUCAUCAGCGUCUUCUUCUCCAGGGCCAACCUGGCCGCAGCGUGCGGCGGCCUCAUCUACUUUGUGCUCUACCUGCCACACAUCCUGUGCUAUGCCUGGCGCGACGUCCUCAGCUUCCGCGUCAAAGUGCUCGCGAGCCUCCUUUCCAGCGUGGCGUUCGGCUUUGGGUGCGAGAACUUCUCCAAGUACGAAGAGCAGGGCGUGGGCAUCCAGUGGAACAACAUUUUCAGGAGUCCCGAGGACGACGAGCGCUACAGUUUCAUUGUCUCCAUCAUCAUGAUGCUCGUCGACUCCUUCAUCUACUGGGUGCUCACAUGGUACAUUGAGAACGUGUUCCCAGGCAGAUACGGAAUCCCCAAACCAUGGUAUUUCCCUUUCACUACCUCCUACUGGUGCGGGACGCCUGCUGCGGUCAGCGAUGACUUUGGGAUGCUGAGGGAGCCCUGGGAGAACAGCGCGUACCUAGAAAAGGCUCCCCCAGGAGCAAGUGUGGGUGUCUCCAUCAGGAACCUCGUGAAAGUAUACAAGACUGGGAAGAAGGUGGCCGUCGAUGGCCUCAGUGUGGACUUUUACCAGGACCAGAUAACCUCCUUCCUUGGACAUAAUGGAGCCGGGAAAACAACAACAAUGUCCAUUCUCACUGGGCUUUUUCCGCCGACAUCAGGAACGGCUUUCAUAAACGGAAAAGAUAUCCGCAGCGACAUGGAUGCCAUCAGGAAACAGCUGGGAAUGUGUCCCCAGCACAAUGUCUUGUACAAUGACCUGACUGUAGAAGAGCACAUCUACUUCUACGCGCGGCUCAAAGGCCGCGGUUCGGGCGACGUCAAGGCCGAGAUGGAGCAGAUGAUUAAAGACGUCGGGUUGCCUCACAAGAGGAAAGAUCUCGCCAAGAACCUGUCGGGGGGCAUGCAGAGGAAGCUCUCGGUAGCCAUUGCUUUUGUGGGCGGGUCCAACAUCAUCAUCCUGGACGAGCCGACGGCAGGAGUGGACCCGUACGCCCGCCGCGGAAUUUGGGAGCUCUUACUGAAGUACAAACAAGGCCGCACCAUCAUCCUCUCCACCCAUCAUAUGGAUGAGGCGGAUAUCCUUGGAGAUCGCAUCGCCAUCAUCUCCCACGGCAAACUCUGCUGCUGCGGCUCCUCUCUUUUCCUCAAGAAGUGCUUUGGAAGCGGGUAUUACCUCACUCUGGUCUGUGCCAGAGUGGAGAGGAAUUUGACUCAGCACAGGACCCUCCCACAGAGCCAGACGGUGGAGAACAGUGUUCCUGAGGGAAAUGUGUGGCGGAACGACGGCGUGGAUGAAGAAGACGCGGACGAGGGCGUCCGCAACCAGAGCACCGGCAGCGCCGAUCUCUCAGGGUGCGUCUCGGGAGUGAACGCCAUCACCCGGCUACUCCAAAGGCACGUACCCGGGUCCGUCUUCCUGGAGUGCAUCGGCCAGGAGGUGACCUACAUCCUGCCGUACGCUGCAGCUCACGAUGGCUCCUUCGCCCUGCUGCUCAAGGAGCUGGACUUGGAGAUGGGCAACCUGGGCGUGGCAAGCUACGGCGUCUCGGACACCACGCUGGAGGAGAUAUUCCUAAAAGUGGCCGAAGACACAGGAGUGGAUGUGGAAAAAGCAGACAAACAGGAUUCCUUUGUCAGAGACUGGAAGAGAAGUUCAAGAGAAGACAAACGUCACAGCAUAGGCAGCGUGCGAGAGCACAGGGACUCGUCUGCGUCCCACAGCGGUACCACCUCACCUUCGCCGAAACAUGUCUGCGUGAUGUAGGUGAGAGGGAAGUUCGCAAACAAAGUCGAAGACGUGGAGAAGGCAGGCGGGGCCAGUGGGAAGGGCUCCUAUGUCAUCGGGGGCUGGAGACUCAUCAGGAGGCAGUUCAUGGCCCUGAUCAUCAAGAGGUUCCACUACGCCAGGAGGAGUCGCAAGGGCCUCAUCGCCCAGGUGGUCCUUCCCGCUGUCUUCGUCUGUUUGUCUCUCAUCUUCUCGCUCAUCGUCCCUCCAUUCCUGGAGUAUCCCAGCCUUGAACUGCAGCCCUGGAUGUACGGUGUCCCACAGAACACCUUCUUCAGUGACGACGCCCCUGGCCACGUGGAAGCCGCAAGGGUGGUGGACUCCCUGGUGAAUCGGCCUGGGUUCGGCACGCGCUGCAUGGCCCAGAACCCCCUGCCGAAGCUGCCCUGUGCCUCCAACGGCUCGGACUGGUUCACCCCAUCGGUUCCUCCCUCCGUGUCGGACAUCUUUGCCAACGGCAACUGGACGAUGGCCUGUCCUUCUCCAUCCUGUCAGUGCAGCACCCCAAGCAGAACCACCAUUCUUCCUGACUGCCCCCUGGGGGCUGGGGGCCUCCCUCCGCCUCAGAGACUGCAGAACACCACAGACACCCUCCAGAACCUGACUGGGAGAAACAUGACCGACUUCCUCUUGAAGACGUACGAGAAAUCGGGCAAAAUAAGGUACGGCGGGAUCUCUGUCGGAGGGGUCAACUCACAGGUCCGGAUGAACGAGACGGAAAUCGCCGCCCUUUUCAAAAAGCUCGGGACUCUCCUUAACGCCUCCCAGGGAAGUGAAAUGGAACAGAUGCUCCAGGGUGCAGAGACCGUUGCAAAGCGCCUCGGAAGAAAGGACAAUGUCAAGGUGUGGUUCUACAAUCAAGGGUGGCAUGCUAUCGUCUCAUUCAUCAACGUGGCCAAUAACGCCAUCCUGCGUGCCAACCUCCCUCCCGGACUCGACCCCACAACCUACGGCAUCUCCGCUUCCAACCAUCCACUGAACCUGACCAAGGAGCAGCUUUCCUACGUCGCUAUGGCCACUACCUCCACUGACGUGGUGGUGUCCAUCUGCGUGAUCUUCGCCAUGUCCUUCAUCCCUGCUAGCUUCGUGCUCUUCCUCAUCCAGGAGCGCGUGAGCAAGGCCAAGCACCUGCAGUUCGUGAGCGGAGUCAACCCGACCGUCUACUGGCUCGCCAACUUUGCCUGGGACAUGUGUAACUACAUCGUCCCAUGUCUGAUUGUGAUCCUCAUCUUCCUUGCGUUCCAACAAAAAGCCUACGUCUCCCCUGCCAACCUGCCCGCCCUGGUCCUCCUGCUCAUCCUCUACGGCUGGUCCAUCACCCCGAUGAUGUACCCGGCAUCAUUUGUGUUCAGUGUCCCGAGCACUGCCUACGUGGUCCUAACCUCCAUCAACCUCUUCAUCGGCAUCAACGGCAGCGUGGCCACCUUCGUCAUGGAGCUCUUCGACGACAAGAACGUGUCCCAUAUCAACGACAUCGUGAAGCAGGUGCUGCUGAUCUUCCCACACUUCUGCCUGGGGAGGGGACUCAUCGAUAUGGCCAGGAACCAGGCCAUGGCCACUCUGUACCUCAACUUCGGAGAAGACCGUUUCCAGGAUCCACUCAGCUGGACCAUGGUGGGCAAGAACCUCUGUGCUAUGGCCCUUGAGGGAACUGUGAUGUUUGCCGUGACUCUGCUCAUCCAGUACAAGUUCUUCUUCAAACCCAGACAGGUGGCGGCAAACCAGCAAGCGAUGGGUCCGGAGGAUGCAGAUGUGGCUGCUGAGCGCAAUCGCGUGCAUCAGGGUGGAGCCCACAGCGACCUGCUGAGAAUCUGUGAUCUCACAAAGGCGUAUCGGAGAAAGAAGAGGCCUGCUGUGGACCGGAUCUGCGUGGGAGUCCCUGCCGCAGAGUGUUUUGGCCUGUUGGGCGUCAAUGGAGCAGGAAAAACCACCACGUUCAAGAUGCUGACAGGUGACAUCCCAAUGACCGGUGGAGAAGCCUUCCUGAACGGAUACAGCAUCCGCACGCAGAUGGCCGAUGUCCACCAGAACAUGGGCUACUGCCCGCAGUUUGAUGCCAUCGACGAGCUGCUGACGGGCCGCGAGCACCUGGAGCUGUACGCCCGUCUCCGCGGGGUGCCCGAGAAGGACGUCAAGAUGGUGGCAGAGUGGGGCAUCCGUAAGCUAGGCCUCGCGAAGUACUCCAACAAGUCUGCCGGAACCUACAGCGGGGGCAAUAAGCGCAAGCUCUCCACCGCUAUGGCACUCAUCGGCUGCCCACCAGUAGUCUUCCUGGAUGAACCCACCACAGGGAUGGACCCCAAAGCACGCCGAUUCCUGUGGAACUGCAUUCUGAGUGUGAUCAAGGAAGGGCGCUCUGUCGUACUGACAUCUCACAGCAUGGAGGAGUGCGAAGCUCUCUGCACACGUAUGGCUAUCAUGGUCAACGGGCGGUUCAAGUGCCUCGGCAGCAUCCAGCACCUGAAAAACAGGUUCGGGGAUGGGUACACGGUCAUGGUUCGGGUGGGCGGAAACCCCCCGGCCCUAGGCCCCGUCGAAGACUUUGUGUGGAACACGUUCCCAGGAAGUGUUCUGAAGGAGAAACACCACAACACCCUGCAGUUCCAGCUGCCACACGGAGAAGGCGCCCUAGCCAGUAUCUUUCGGCAGUUCACCAGUCACCGGGAGCAGCUGGAAAUAGAGGACUACUCCGUGUCCCAGACCACUCUGGACCAGGUCUUUGUCAACUUUGCCCAACACCAGCAUGAAGAAGAGGACACCUAUGUGUACACCAACCAGGAGGACGUGACUGCAGACGAAGUGCCGAUGAAGACCGUUCCAGCGGUGCAUGCGUAGGUUCCAGAGUUCCCAUCUUCAGCUAUCGCACUCAUCCUCACAGCUCAGUAGAGUGUACUGUUGCUUCCUCACUCUCACGCCAAUGAAGCUGUUGAAGCACCUGGCCUGUUCUUCUCAGCACUGAGCCUGCCCUAUUGCGCUUUCACAAGUAAAUGGAACCAAACGCUCGCUCCACUUGAGAAUAAUGCCUCCUUAAAGCUUCUGCCUUCAUUGUUUAGCGUCAACAAAGAGGCCUCUUGCAGAGGCUGGGAGCAAUUCACUCUUCAAAAUUCUGCAACAUUCAGAAGGAUUUUUACCCAUUCACUGGUAGCAUCUGUCGCUCAGGGAAAAAAGUUUAACUUUGUGCACUGAAAUACACAUAGUAGCUUUAAAUGAAAGGCAUGACAAAACCUCAGAAAUAUGUGUGGUGGCUUAACAUUUACAACUGAAUUGCAUUUUGUUCUGAAGUUUUUGCCUUAACUUUAAUCGAAGGAUUAAAAGGAUGUACUGUAGAGAAAGGCUUUUGAAUUAAUACGUGUACCUGGACACAAGUUAUAAAUGCAUCUGAUCUUUUUGUUUAGUUUUACAGUCUGUUUAGCCAUGUUAAAGAAACAAACGCAAUUCACUUUUCUGCGCACACAUCAGCUCAACUCAAGGACUUUUCAUUUAAACCUAUGAGAAAUCACAGAGCACUUUACUAGUCAAAUGUAACUGCCAACUGUUGACAAGAACUCCAUGCAGUGUAUGCAGCGUAAAAUGUAUGAUUUUAUUUUUCAGUUUUAAUAUAGUUUGUAUGCCCUCCUGUGUCUUUACAAUGUAAACUUCUUUACAGCAAAUAAUUGUGUAUUAUAUUUGAACUGAAUAUUGCU